AUGAUGUACCUAACUAAAGUUAUUUUCAACGCGUGUCUGGCUAUCCUUAACUGUAGCCUGUGUCUGUCUUCAACAAGCUUGGCAAGAAAAAUGUUGAUCGAUGAUAUGAAGAUAUGCCCGCAUGGGUACAGAGGAUGUCCAAAAGAGAAAUGGUACUUUGCAACAUUUUAUUUUAUGAUAUAUAUUAGUGGGUUUUUGGGAUGUUUUAUAUCUUUAUAUUUUAAGAACGCAAACAGAAGGAAAUUAAUGUUAGCUAUACACUAUUUAUUUAUUAUUGGAAGUACAUUAACAUUUUAUACGUCACCUCAUGUUAUUAUAACAUUAUUUUCUCAAGCCUUUUUUGGAUUAGCUAUCGGAUGCUCAGUUGUUACUGUAUGUUUUUAUGUACUUGAAUAUUCUCCAAAAGAAGAUCAAAAUUAUUAUGGAUAUAUUAUUCAAGUAUUUUUUUCCAUUGGAUUAUUAAUUAGUUAUAUAUUUGGAGCUUGUUAUGAAAAUAUACGAUUUUCAAAUCCAAAGACUAAUCGUAUAGUACUUUUAUUAUUAUAUAAGACACAUAUGUGUUUACCUAUCAUAUUCAGUAUAAUAGCAUUAAUAUUAUUUCAUUUUGUAUUUACUAUGGAUACACCAUUACAUCUAUAUGAAUCGAAAAAAUAUGAUAAAUUUGAAACCUUAAAAACAACAAUUAACUCAAAAAAUUUUGAUGAAAAGAAAGAAUACCACACUAAUAAAAAAACAGAAGAAGUAAGUUUACUAGGUAAUGAUAUUGCCAUAUAUGAUUUUUUUAAAAAUAAAGAUUUAAGAAAAUUAUCUUUAACAUCAUGUCUUCUAUGCCAUUUAUACUCAUUUAGUGGCUCCUUUUUAUUUUUUAACAAGAUGUUCUUAUUUUAUAAAAUUUUCUCCUCUACAAUGGCAAACACAUUUAUUUCUACUGGAUUUAUAUGCCUAUAUGCUAUAUGCUCUAUUAUUGUAGUCACUGUACUAUCACAUCGUUUUCAAAAGAAGGAUUUAUUAAUAACUGGACUUCUACUACAAACUAUAGCAUCUGUUUGUAUAGUUGGUUCAUACUUUUUAAAAUUUACGAACGUUUUCAAUCAACUUGUAAUAACAGCAGCUAUAACAAUAUAUUUUACUGGUUUAUCCUUAGGCUUUGGACAUAUUUUAUGGACUCAUAUUUAUGAAUUAUUUCCCAAGGAGAGUAAAAGUGUAGCCGCUUUCUGUUCAUAUAGCUCUCUUUUUAUUGCUGCUCUGAUUAUGUCCAUAUUGUUAGAAUUCCUUAGCAUGAAAUAUUAUUGCUACUUAUUUAUUACAUUUAUCGUAUCGCUACUUUUGUCUAUUUUGUUUUUUAACUCAUUUUAUGAAGAAGAUUCCAUGGUCAUCAAGAGGCACGAUUCAGUGCAGGCCUGA